UCUUGACAGAUCUUGAUCUUCUUCCUCAUUUCUGAACUGACAUUCACUAUCCGACAAUUAUCUUCUCAUUUCCCCCAGAUACGCCCUUGAAAAGAAAAGAGAAGGCGUCGGCGAGUAGGCAACAAACAUCUUCCGCCCAAGGAUUGUUGGCCCAGGUCGGCCAAGAUCCUUCUGCAGCAAUGGCAUCAUCGUCUGGCCUUUCCCCAACCACCACACGUGCUGCACCAUCCCCCAGGACUGGGACUCACAAAGGUGUGACCAUCUUCGAAGAGCCCGAGCACAUCGAACCGGUCAAGGCGGAGGACUACGAUGGAGGCGCAUCUCCCAUGCUCGUUGCCUCCCAAAGUCCCAAACUCCACCGGGCCAGUAUAUCAGGGAAGAAAAUGACCGGGCGACCCGCUCUUACUCACUCCGGGUCUUCUACCGCAUUAUCUCAUCGCAUGUCCUUCCUCAGUCUGGACAAACCUGAUUCCGAGUCAGCUGGGACACCCAACGAGAGCAAACCUCCCGAUCUACGCGCCAUGCUCACUCAAGUCGUGGACUGGCUGCAGCAAGAGAAAGCGAAGAGGCAGAAGCCAAAGCAUCACCGGCUUCGCCUUCACCCUCAUCAUCAUCACCGAUUGCCGACUAACCCUCCAGACGAACCGUCUGAUGACCCUACAAACGACACUGAACCAGACCACUCCCUGGAGAAACUUGAGAACAUCCUUUCCGGCUUCACCUCAUGGUCCACCUCCAUGCCCAGACCGGCGUCCAAAUCCUCGACCUCUUUAGUAGGGCGGAAGGGAUCUAUAGCCAGGAAAUUCAAGCGAGGUUCCAUUGCCCCUCAAUCGUCGGAUACGGAGUUUUUUGGCGACGAUAUCCUGGUGCCGAAUGUUGAAGCCCAUUUGGACAACUCCAAAACCAUGGCUUUCACUGGAGGUAGCGCGGACGUCGACACGAGCGAUUCUGCGAAGAAGAAAGACUAUGAUCACUGGGUCGCUUUCAAGGAGGAUAUUGUGCGGUUGACACAUACCCUCAAGAUUAAAGGAUGGCGCCGUGUUCCCAUGGAUCGAGCCAGAGACAUCGAUGUUGUGCGGCUGAGUGGAGCUCUUACCAAUGCUGUAUAUGUGGUUCGACCGCCCAAGAACAUGUCCGAAUAUGAUAAUCCUUCGAACAGCCAGGUCGCCCUCUCCGAGCCCAUGGCCAUCGCGGCCCCGGCUCCCAAGCGCCGCCCAGUACAACUUCUCCUUCGUAUCUACGGUCCUCAAGUCGAGCAUCUCAUCGACCGAGACUCUGAGCUUGCCAUUCUACGCCGUCUGUCUCGGAAACGUAUUGGUCCUCGUCUGCUCGGGUCAUUCGAAAACGGCCGCUUCGAGGAAUUCCUCCACGCCAGGACUCUGACUGCAGAAGAUCUUCGCAUACCGGAGACAUCCAAGCAAAUUGCCAAGCGUAUGAGAGAGCUUCACGAAGGAAUCGAGCUCCUGGAGUCUGAAGUCGAAGCCGGUCCCGCGGUGUUCCUCAACUGGGACAAAUGGGUUGACCGCUGUGAGAAGGUCAUUACAUUUCUCGACAAACAAGUCCAUCAAGCCGAAGCACAGCCGAAUGCUGGAGGUCCGAGGCACAACUCCGUUGUCAACGCACGGUACGUUCGGCGGGGGUUUAUCUGUGGUGUGGAAUGGCCUCUGUUCCGAAGGACCUACGAAGCGUACCGAAAACGAUUGAUCGCAGACAGUGGCGGCAUGAAAGAGAUUAGCAAACACCUAGUCUUUGCACACAACGAUACUCAGUAUGGCAACCUCAUGCGUCUGCAGCCUUCAGGAACAUCGCCCCUGCUCCAGCCGUCAAACCAGCACAAGCAGCUCGUGGUUAUCGACUUUGAAUAUGCUUCACCCAAUAUGCCUGGGCUGGAAUUUGCGAACCAUUUUACCGAGUGGUGCUACGAUUACCAUCAUCCGGAGCACAAUUGGAUGUGCGAUACGAGGCUUUAUCCGAACGAGGGAGAACAGUAUAGAUUCGUCAGGAGCUAUGUCAUGCACAGACCGCAAUUCAAUCCGGCGGCGAGCGCGACACCGAAGAUGGAAGGACGGGAGAAGACUAAUAUAAGCGACUUCAUGCUCGAUGCGAGGGCGCCGCCUCCGUCUACGAGCACACCCGGGCCUGUGGUGGAGUCCGAUUACGACAAGGAGGAGCGAGAGAGGGAGAAGGUGCAGGAAAGGGAGAUUCAGCGGUUGCUGAGGGAGACAAGGAUAUGGAGGCCGGCGAAUACGGCACAGUGGGUAGCGUGGGGGAUUGUGCAGGCAAAGGUGCCGGAGUUAUAUGAAAUGGAGAGGAAGGAAACCGGAGAAGCUGCGGGGGAAGCGCAUCCGAUGUCCGACCCGAUGAACGAAGAGGAGAAGAGGUUGAAGGACGAGAGUCAACGGGAUCGGCCAGAGGGACGGGCGCAGGAGGAGAGCCAUCGGGAGGGGGACCAAGGGACAAGCGUGAAGUGGGAAGCUGCGAGCAACGGAGGCGCAGAAGGCGAUGAAAGUGGUGAAGAGGAGCACGAAGAUUUUGAUUAUCUUGCUUACGCGCAGGAUCGCGCCAUGUUCUUCUGGGGUGAUUGUGUGCAGAUGGGUUUGGUCAAGAUGGAGGAACUGCCGGAGCAGAUGAGGAACAGGAUCAAGAUUGUACCGUAUUGAGCGAGAAGGAAAGGGGCUGGUGGGAGUGUGGCUCUACAUAGACAAGGAUGCCGGAAUUUGGGUGCGAUCAAGGACAAGGAUUUGACGAUUGGAAAUCUUGAAACGGGACGCUAUGGAGCAGCAGUCGGACAUUCUGAAGGCCACCCAGAGGCUUGAAUUCCAUGCUGUGUGAAGAAACGUAGCGAGCCUAGGAGGAUCUCGAGUGGAUGCGUGUUUCUGUCAAAGACGAUGAUGGGCGGCUUGGUACUAGCAUUUAUCCUCCAGCAUGAAUAUAUUAUGAUGUUAGAAAACGAC